GCGUUAAAGCGGGCUGGUGGAAACGCCCGCAAGCGGGGUAGAGCCGAGUCGAGCCGAGUAGAGUAGGGGAGGUGGAAACGCGCCAUUAGUGACCCCUGAACUAGAUUGUAUCCGUGCAGAAAAAGCUUUAAACAGGAACAGAAACCUGCUGAACUGUCCAGCAGUGGAGGCUCCUACCUGAGGCUGCUCGCUGGUCUCGCUGCUCUCUGGAUCCGUGAUGUUCGGUCUGACUGUCAGCCUCACUGCUGCCUUCGAGGUCUUCACUCUGCCUUCUGUUACCGAGCAGAAGAAAAGUCCUCCGUGUUCCUCCUUCACCUCCAUCCGGAGCGACAAGUCCCCUGUUUCCUUCCAGUCCCUGGACACUGACAGCCGGCUUCCUUGAAACUCUUCCCCCGGAGUCCAGCUUCCAGAGAGUCCGUCCACCUCCAGCACCACCUGUCCGCUGCUCUUCUCCCACUUCACACUCUCCACGGAUCCACCGAGUGUAACGGAAUGACACGGGAGAUCCACGGUUUGACCCUCAGCAGAGACCGUUUCCACCGGGAAGAAGAGCUGCAGCUCCAUCAGAGUCUCUACACGGUCGUUACAUGUCAGCUGGUAGAGUCCGGCGUCGUUCAUCCUCACGUGUUUCAGGAGGAGAAGAGAGUCACUGUGGUUCAGUCUGUCAGUGUAAAGUGGUCCAGGAGAGACCUGAGCUCCAGUCCGAGACGCUACCAGCCGGGGGGGAGAACCUCUCACAUGGAGGAACAGACGCUGAGUCUUCUCUGCUCCACAUGACGCGCUAAAAGGGAAUUUAACAUCGUUUCCCAAAACCUUGGAGAUCAUCAGUCCACAGACAGAGCUGCAGGUAGAGAGCAGGAUCAGUGUAGAGAGGAGACGAAGCGCCAUCAUCUGUGUUCAGCCAAGACUCUGCAGCUGUUCCCUCCUCCAGGUUCUGAGCACAUCAGUGACCUCCGGGCAGCACCAGGAUCAUGUAAAUGGUCGACAUGUGCUUGAUGCUGGAGAAACCCAGCUGGUCAUGUGGCCAAGAGAAGAAAAGCGAUUGGCAGUUUCGGGGAUUUCAACUCUUGAGGCUCGUGAAACACGUGACUUCUGUGAAACAGUGCUCCGGCAUGAAGGUGAAAGGAUAUUUAGAGAGUGUAGAGACUCAGAGAAGAUGGAAUCCAGUGAGAGCAGGCAGGAGGAAAAAAGUAAAGAGAGAGAAUCCACACCGGAGGAGAAGCGCUACGACCAGAACGAUCCGACUCUGACCAUCGUGGAUGAAGAAGACCAACUAGACUUUGAGUUGGACAACUUUACGUCUCCCAGAGCUCUGAUGUCUUGUGGUCACGUCGUCACCCCGACGUCUCUCACCAACUGGUGCCGCCGGCAGCUGGACCAGGGCCAGAGAUUCUUUGCUUGUGGGAUGCCUGACUGUGACGUUCAGUGGUCCUUCGAGGAAGUCCGUCGAAUGGCUCUUCUGACCCCUGAAGAAAUCCGCUACUUUGAAAUGAAAAUAUCUGAAAAUGCCAAGGAUUGCUUCGAUAUUAAAUCAUGUCCUGGCUGCCAGUCCACAGUGAUGAGGAGCGAUUUGAACGACCUCUGCACUCAGUGCACGGUGUGCACCAAUGACCGUAAAGAACCUUUCUUCUUCUGCUGGCAGUGCCUGAGAGAGUGGCGAGGCCCGUCGCCACGUACAGACCGCUGUGACAACAAAGACUGCUUCAAUAAGUCCCUGGAGACUCUGAAGAACUGUCCAGACAUGACCUUCUUAAAAGUGAAGGGGGUCACCGGCUGCCCCUCCAUCCGGGCCUGUCCCUCCUGUGGCUUCCUGCUGGGACACGACCAAACCGGCUGCAAGAACUUGGUGUGUCCUCGAUGCGGGGAGGAGUUCUGCUUCGUGUGUCUGAAAAAAAAAAAAAUCUGCUGUGAGACAAGAGGCAUUUAUGACCUUUGCUCUGGUGGCGUGGCCCCGAGACAGACCUCCAUACCCGCUCUGAAGUGGGAAGACUGGUACCGUUAAGUUCUGCUCGUGAUCCAGCUCUCAGUAAUCUUGGAGGGUUUUCACAACAUUUGCCAAGUUAGGUUGAUCCAUAAUUUGAACAUGACACUUCAAACAAAAUGCUGCUUUUAAUCUGUAGUCAUGGUAACAGGAUGCUACAUGUAGGAGCCAUUUAUCAUUUCGUUAGUUAACCACCAGGGGGAGCAGUAAGGGGAAGUACAAAGGGAGCACACAGGUGAUCAAGGGCAGGUGUGGAUAGAGGGACAGGUAACAGUCUUUCAGUGUGUCCAGGCAGCGUGUGGAUGGUGGGAUUUGUGGCUUGUGGAAGUGGAACUUGUGUAAGCUCACCCGACCAAAUCUUUACCCCUGUAACCUGUGGAUUUAACAACACAUGGAAAUAAAUGGGUCGCAGCACCCAAACGCAAAAAGAGCUAAACUGGAUUGAUUGAUGCGCCGUACGGGCACGCGUCCGAGAUUCUCCCUCUACACCCUCAAAGGACUCAAAGUGUAGCAGCCCUAUAGGGAAAGGGCUCUACACUACCCUUUGUUGUCGUCUUCCGUAGUCAUGGAAACGUGAUGGUUAUGUGGUUACAAACUUUUUGAGAUUCAGGAACACAUUUGAAAUGUGUAUAUAUUCAUAAUAUGAAUGUGGAUAUAGUUAUAUUUGUGUCUGAAAUAAAUUGUCAUCAUCACUCAGGAGUCAUGGAGCGGUGUGUAACACAAUCAGAGCAAAGUAACUACAGUUUAUCAAACUGGCAUCAUCAGUAAAAUCCUGGGGCCAGCAGUGCUGCUCUUCACUGAGGUUCUUCUACAGAUCUGAGUGAUGCUGUGGUGCCACAGUGUGACCUCUGACCCUGCAGGAUCUGCAGUGUCUGUGGGCCACCAUCAGUGCAGCCAGCAGAGAGACACACAGAGCCGAGGCCACAGCAGGAGGGCUGAGAGGAGACCAGGUCCCAGAGUCCCACGACCAGCUCUCACUGCCGCCUCUGUGAAGAAGCCCAGAGAAACCUUCACAGAUCGGUCAGUAAAUCUGCUAAUUUGACAUCAGUGUUGACUGGGUUGUACACAACGUUGGCUUUAGGGAACAUACUAACACACUGUUUCAAAUAUCCCAAAUUCUAAAACUUAAUGAGAUUAUAAAUCUGAAAACCCUACUAAUUAUUUAUAAGGCCAUUUAUAGCAAACUUCCUGGAAACAUCCAAAGCAGGUUCUUAGAAAGAGAAGGUGGAUACAAUUUUCGGUGGAAACAUAACCUUAACGUCCAGUGUAUGCGUACAACCCUGAAGAGCCAAUGUAUCACCAGAAAAGGCGUGUACUUGUGGAAUGAAUUAGACAACAGCAAAAGCAUCUAGUAGUGAAUCACAAUUCAAAAAACUAUACAAAAUAUAUGCACUUAAAGAAUAUGCUGAAGAGCAAUGAGUGAACUAAUCCCCAAAAUAAGUAAAUCGAUCCAUGGACAGACACUUAUACACUACAGUGUGUACGUGGCUGGGAUGGAAAUUGUGGGUUCUGGUUCUAUGGGUAGGUUCAUGUGCAUGUAAAACGUAAAUAUAUUUUCAGUUGCAGUUCUCACGUAAGUCUUAGUACACGUAGCACCACUAUGAGACUGUAAUGACUGUAAUGUCCGGGGUAGGCAUAUAUAAGCAAUAGCCUCAGCCUACUCCUUUUGAGUUACUUGACUUUUGAGUUAUUUGACUUCUUUUCUUGUUUUCUUGUAUUCUGCUUGUUGUAUCUUAUUUGUUUUAGAUUGUACGAGUUGGUUUAACCAAAUGUUCUGUCACGCUCUGUGCCCCUCCAGCCAUGUGGGGGCGCUCUGGGUCGGUUUUGGUUUAGUUUUCCCCAUUUUUCCAUGCCCUGUCUCACCUGCUUGUCUGUUCCUCAUGUUCUCCUGCCUGGUGUACUUCCUCGUUAGUGCCCUAAUGUGCCUCACCUGUG